AUGGUGGAAAAUGAAGGAGAAAGUAAGGGAAGAAAGAAAGAGCAAGACAACGUUCUGUUGUAUACGGUAUAAUUACAGAGGGCAGAGCAGUGGCUAGACCCACUGCAGCAACUUAUCGUUGCCCAAGGCAUCGGCAUACUCGAAAUCGGCGGGACUCGAUCCUGUUGCGACUUGGUCCUAAUUCGUAUUCGUGCCCGGGGUGUAACAGAUACCGUCGAAUCCUUAUUGAUGCCGAGGAUAUCUAUCGCUCCCGGGCUUGCUGGACCAACGUUGAAAAAGGGGGAGAAAGAGGCAAUAAAACUGCAAGGGCGAAAAGGACGG